AGCAUCUCAACGCCUGAUAAACCUUCACCAUGUCUCUCUGCGCCGACUGCUUCAAGGGUGUUCGCCACGAGGGUACUCCGGAGGGUACCACCCAGACGAUCGGUGGGAUUGAGUCUUAUGUAGCCAUUCCGGAAGGAGACUACCCAAAGGAUAAGGUCGUCUUAUACCUUGCUGAUGCCUUCGGUCUCAAGCUCGAAAAUAACCUGCUCCUGAUCGAUGACUUCGCGCGCAACGGCUACAAGGUCGUCGCGCCCGACGUCUUCGACGGCGAGCCCGCCCCCGUGAAUGCUUUUGAGCCCGGUGUGACCUUCGACUUCGGGGCUUGGAUCUCCCGCCAUCCCCCAUCGAGGGCCAACACCAUCGUCCGCUCGGUCAUCGACGCCCUCAAGGCUGAGGGCGUCACCAAGUUCGCCGCUACCGGUUACUGCUACGGCGGUCGUCUCGCCUUCGAUCUCGCCUUCACGGGCGACGUCCAAGUCGUGGCGGUCUCCCACCCGUCCAUCCUCAAGACACCCGAUGACCUGCAGAAGUAUUUUGAGGUCGCGAAGGCGCCGCUUCUCAUCAACUCCUGCGAAGUCGACCAGCAGUUCCCCAUCAAGUCGCAGAAGGUCGCGGACGAGAUCUUGGGCGAUGGCAAGUUCGCGCCUGGCUAUCAGCGCACGUAUUGGCCUGGUUGCGUCCACGGCUUCGCGGUCCGUGGUGACCUGAGCAAGCCGGAGGUCAAGGCGGGCAAGGAGGGUGCUUUUAAGGCUACUGUGGAAUGGUUCCAGAAGUACCUGUAGAUGGAAGCGCGUAACGGUAGCAGUGAAGAAGUAUCACCAUUGUAGCUUGCAUGAUAGAUGUAUGAGGUCGAACGUCACAGUCUAAAUGUCCACAACCACAAUGAGGAUGAGGUGAAGCACCUCUCGUUACCUCGUGACUUC